AUGACAAUUCUAACCAAACCUCACCAAUUACAAAAUUGUGAAAAAUUCCAUCCAUGGGCAAAAACAUGCACAUCAUCAGCAUCACAAAUUUGGUUUGCAGUAUUCCUUGCAGGUUUAAAACUAUACGCACCAUUAUUUUUAGUUCCUGCAUUAAUAUUUAAAAGAAAAAGUAUACAAUUUUUAGUACAAAGAACAUUACCAGAAAUAUUAAGAAGUUCAGUAUUUUUAGGAACAUAUGCAGGUGUAUAUGCAGGAGCGAUUUGUUUAAUUAGACGUAUUGUAGGUAGAGAUUUAAAAUCAAUGGCAGCAAUUAGUGGUUUCUUUGCAGGUUUAUUAUCGAUUUUAAUAGAGAAAAAGAGUAGAAGAUCAGAAUUGGCUUUAUAUUGUUUAAAUCAAGCUAUUGAAGUAGUUUGGAAAAUGGCUGCUGCCAGAAAAUUAGUUCCAUUAUUUAAGAAUGGUGAAGUUUUAGUCUAUAUGAUUGCAAGUUCAAUCUUAUUGUAUUUCUAUCAAAAUGAACCUGAUAGUUUAAGAAGUAAUAUGAAUGGUUUAUUAAAAUUCUUUAUUGGUAAAAAUUAA